AUGGCGGGAUUGGAGCAGGUCGAGGUCCACAGCAAGUCGUAUCUUGUUCGCUGGGUAAACGUGUCAGCUGGCCAUACCAUCUCCUGGAGCAUACAGCCGCACAAGAAGUCCCUCAACUUCGGCAUCUUCAAGCAUCCAGGCACCAACAACGACAGCACCACGGGCCUCCCCUCCUCCGCCGUAUUCGAUGGCCCAGCCACUCCCGCCCUUGAGGUCCCAACGCACCAGACGCGGCCUCGAGGCCACUCCAAUGCGCUGACGCGAAACGACAAAUCAUGGGUCGUGGAAAAGCUGCAAGGCCUUGGUUACAAAAAGGUAGCGUGGGCGGGGAAGUGCGAGGCGGACAAGGUGUCCAUGGGUAAAUUCGACGUACCAGAAGGCGAAGGAGGCAUGUAUGGCCUAGUUUUCGACAAUACCUUCUCCAAGACGGUCUCGAAAACGGCGACAUUUGUUCUCAUUACCCACCCGACAAACGCGCCCCCGAAAUCUGGCCAUCACAUGCAUUACGCCCAGAAUUACAAUGCCGGAGCCAGUAGCUCAAGUCUUCCGACCAAGUCGAGUCCGAGACUUCUUGCCGUCAGCGACUCCACCGAUUCGUUGCCGCAAGAUCCUUCUGUGGGAAACAAAAUCAACGUUGAAUUCAGACCGAAAUCAUCCCAUACAGGAGACUCGAAUAGUUUCAAUGACGGCACCUUCUACACGGGAAUUCUUCAGAAAAAGAGGAGAAAGAAGAAUCAAGGCUACGCCCGGAGGUUUUUCUCCUUGGAUUUUACCUCGUCCACCCUAUCUUACUAUCGAAACAACCACUCCUCUGCGCUGCGUGGCGCCAUUCCCUUGUCUCUGGCAGCAAUUGGGGCCAACGAGAAAACGAGGGAAAUCUCCGUAGACUCGGGGGCUGAAGUUUGGCACUUGCGUGCUAACAAUAAGAAAGAUUUCGAAGCGUGGAGAAAUGCUCUAGAACGAGCCGCCGCGACCGCCGGGGGCAUCUCGUCUCCUACCAUCGCUAUUCAAAAUCCCACGUGGCCAAACGGUCCUCAAAUGGUCAAUCAAGCGGAAGAACGGGAAUGGGCGAGAGUAGAAUCACUGGUAGGACGGGUUGCAGGAACAAGAGAUGCCGUCAGACGGUUAGCACAGGACACAGAUCCAAAGUACUCGUCGACGCUAGCUGGACUUGGUAUUGCGAAAGCGUCCGAAAGCCUCUCUCCCAGCCCGACUGAUGGUGAGCCAACAGACUACUUUCCCAGCACGUCCAGUGGUGAGAAGAUGCCAUUUUGGAAACGGAAAGCUAGUAGUUCCGGAGCUAGCACCAGCCCUUCAGGUGUCUUCCGGAGAAGUGUCUCAGCCCAGCUUGCUGUUGCAUCUCCCUCGACUCUACCUCCUGGAUCGCCAAUACCAAACGGGAGUUUGGCAGUACCGAAGAGGCAGAGCCGCGCGACGAGUCACCCCCCGCCUGAGGAAGGCGUGCACGACAAUUGCAUGUCUUUGUUACGCGACCUUGACAGCGUGAUCCAGGAGUUCUCUACAUUGCUGAACGAGAGUCGGGCCAGACGGACUCCUGCUCCUCUAUCUACUCCAGCGCGCAACAGCAUCGACUCCCAAUCUUCCGAGGAGUUUUUUGAUGCACACGAUGGAGAGACAGUCCGUUCAGGGCUUCUCACAAUCCGGCGAGAUAGCGGCGAGAAAUCAGAACGCGAGGAUGCUUCUGACGGCGGAUCUGAGUCCAGCAGUGAAGAAGAAGGUCCGGGCUCAUUCGAACGAAGAGCAACUUUCCGCGAAGGGCAACCCUCUAUCUUCCCUGGGAAGCCAAAAUCUCUUACUCCUCUUCCGAUUGAUCCUGUCCGUCGCCGAAAUACCGUCCCACCACCAAAGACCAAUCCUCCAAGCUUGAUCAGCUUCUUGCGAAAGAAUGUUGGCAAAGACCUUUCCACAAUUGCCAUGCCAGUUUCGGCCAACGAGCCAACCUCCCUUCUACAACGCAUUGCAGAACAAAUGGAAUACACGGAGCUUCUCGACGCGGCAUCUGCUGCUCCCUCUGAGACAGGCGAACGCCUCGCUCACGUUGCCGCAUUCGCCAUAUCCACCUUCUCCAACGCUCGCGUAAAAGACCGUGCCAUCCGCAAACCCUUCAAUCCCAUGCUUGGCGAGACAUUUGAGCUCGUCCGCGAAGACAAAGGCUACCGAUUCAUUGCCGAGAAGGUCUCCCACCGGCCCGUUCGCAUGGCAUGCCAAGCCGAGUCCGCCAACUGGACGUUCCUCCAGUCCCCAAUGCCCGUGCAAAAGUUCUGGGGCAAAUCCGCCGAGCUGAACACAGAGGGCUGUGCGCGUGUCUUCUUCCACAACUCAAACGAGCACUACAGCUGGAGUCAGGCAACUAGCUUCCUCCGCAACGUCAUCGCUGGCGAGAAAUACGUAGAACCCGUGGGUACCAUGACAAUCGAGAACGAAAACUCGGGCGCCAAGGCUGUCUGCACGUUCAAAGCUGGUGGUAUGUUUGCUGGCCGCAGUGAAGAAGUCACGGUGCAGGUCUUCGACGCGUCGGGCGAGCUCCUCCCACUUGGUCUCACUGGCAAGUGGACUACCGAGCUCAAUCUUACCAACAAUGGGCAGGGUAUUGGCCGUACCCUCUGGAGCGUCGGAUCGCUGGUCGAGAAUCCAACCCAGCACUACGGCUUCACCACCUUCGCGGCCUCGCUCAAUCAGGUCACUGAGAUCGAGAAGGGCAAGCUACCUGUUACUGACAGCCGGCUGAGGCCUGACCAACGAGCGGCCGAAGAGGGGGAUCUCGACCGUGCCGAAGCUUUGAAAGCACGGUUGGAGGAGCGACAGCGCGCGCGUAGGAGGGUCAUGGAAGAGCACGGAGAAGUAUGGACGCCGCGGUGGUUCGCGCCCAUUGAGGGAGCGGAAGUCGGGGAAGAGGUGUGGCGGCUUAAGAGCGGGAAAGAGGGGUAUUGGGAAGAGAGAGCGCGUAGGGAGUUCACUGAUGUUACGGAUGUUUUCCAGGCGUAAGGUGGUAGUACGAUAUUUGGAUGUUGGUAUUGAUAUCCGGUGGGCGGUACUGUCACUGUGGUUUAUAUAUCUUGCGCUCCCCAGGAUAGGACAGCGAGUUGGGGCUACUUUGCUGUAUAUGUAUUGCAACAACAAACAAACUCUGGCAUCUGAUUCUUCAUACCGGUGCGGAAUACUAGGUGAAGAUGUUAAGUGUCUGAUACCAGCCCUUUUAAACGUGUAGGACAGCAACAAGUCUUUGCAGGUCAGUUUUACGUUCAGCUUAUGGACACAUUCAAACGGAUUAAUAUGUAGG